GCUCGGGAAGAGAAGACCCACAAAAAGAGUGCAAUUCCCAUAAACUGAGAGAAUAAUAGACAUAUAACUUGAGAAAUUUGUGCACAUAUAGAGGCUGAGAGGCGUUAUAUAAAAUGUUCUCAAAACAAGCAAAUAAACAAAACCCAAAACACAGAUAUUUCUCCUUAGACAUAAAAAUCCAUAAAAAAUAACAAAAAUUAUGGAGAAGGUGUGCCAGUUCUUUCGCAACAACUAUGUGCUGGCCAACUGUGAGGAUGCCAUUUACAAGAAGUCCUUUAGCCUGAACCUCUCGCACUACCAAAUGUCUGAAGUUCCCGAGAUAAUCGAAAAAUGCGAAACUCUGAUGAAGCUCUUUCUGAACCAGAACAAGCUGACAAAGAUUCCAUCCUCCAUCGGCAAUCUAUUGCGCCUCCAAGUCCUCACCUUGGACUACAACAAACUCGACGAGUUCCCAUCCUGUAUUUGUCGGCUGGUUCGCCUUAAAUUCCUCAACGUCAGUUGCAACAACAUCACUCGCCUGCCGCCAGAGCUGGGGUAUCUCACCCAACUGGAAACAUUCUGGUGCAACAACACUGGACUGCUGGAACUGCCCUCCGAGAUACGUAACUGUGAGCGCCUCGAAACACUGGGAGUGCGCGGAAACCGUCUCAAGAAACUUCCCGAAUCUAUUGGAGCUCUGAACUCGUUGCGAUGGUUUACGGCCGAGGGCUGCCAGUUAGAAGAAGUUCCACUGACCUUUGCCCUUUUGAAAAACUUGGUGCACCUGAAUCUCAAGGGUAACCAGCUCCGGCGACUGCCCAGGAUGCUGAUGGCCAUGCAAAAGCUUCGAUUUGUCUUUCUCAACGAAAAUCACAUAGAUGAACAGCCCACACGGGCACAACUGGAGGAGCUGCGAACACUACAUGUCCUGAAUCUUUCCAAGAACCCUGUAAGCUGCCAUCCCGACCUGCAGCGCAUAGCACUGCGCCAGACCAAUAUAUACGUAGACUUGCCCCAGGAUCUGGCCGAAAUCUGUGAUGGGCUGUCUAGCCGAGCCAGCAUGAAUACCCAGGAGCAGCAAGACGAACAGGUCCGAGGUGUUCCUCAGGAAAACGACUCUUCCGACUGGGCGAAUAGUGUCCGUACAAGUGAACUAAACACCACCGACGAGAGUUCCCUGGAAACCAACAUAGAGGACUUGAGUGUGUUGUUGCCGGAGAUGUCGCGCUAUGUUACUACGUUCUGAAGAUUAGACUGAUGUUUGGUUCGAACUUAUGUAGAACGCAUAAAUCUGUGGUUUAUUCUCUA